AUGUUGGCACGCGGUCUCUGCACAGGUGUGCUUGCCCUGGCUUCCUUGGCCCAGGCGGCACCUAUGCCCCGUAUUCGUUCCACUGCUGCCGAGCUGGAGUCCCGUUACAUCUACACUCAGCGCACUCCCUCUGACGCCAACGAGGAGAAGGCUGCUGCCGAGCUGGAGUCCCGUUACAUUUACACUCAGCGCACUCCCUCUGACGCCAACGAGGAGAAGGCUGCUGCCGAGCUGGAGUCCCGUUACAUCUACACUCAGCGCACUCCCUCUGACGCCAACGAGGAGAAGGCUGCUGCCGAGCUGGAGUCCCGUUACAUUUACACUCAGCGCACUCCCUCUGACGCCAACGAGGAGAAGGCUGCUGCCGAGCUGGAGUCCCGUUACAUCUACACUCAGCGCACUCCCUCUGACGCCAACGAGGAGAAGGCUGCUGCCGAGCUGGAUUCCUAAUCGAUCUGCAACCAAGACACUAGGGCCAGCAAGGACUACGAACGUUGUCUCUAAUCUACUCUUUUGCUCACCUGACGAGGUUCUAGAGAUGGAUGACAACUGCAAUUUUGGCUCUAGGCCCUGAAGAUUAGCCUCAAUCAAAUGUCAGCUUGGACGCAUGUAAAGCUAUGAAGAGGCGAGG